AUGUCGGGUGCGGUAGGGAAAAUGGGUAAGAAAGGGGACCAUAGCAAAAGCAGUGCGGAAGAUUCUGUGUUUUUGCGUGCUGUAACGGCAAAUGCCUCAUGGCCUGACAAGGAGGAAUUUUUGGACGUCAUUUAUUGGAUUCGACAAUUCCUUGGCGUUGCGCUUGGUCUUGUUUGGGGCAUCAUCCCUCUAAAGGGAUUCCUUGGGCUCUUCCUCUUUUUUGUGCUCAAUGCAGCAAUAGUGUACGCAUAUUACAGCAUGUUCCAGUCAGUUGAAGAUGAAGACUACGGGGGACCGUGGGAGAUGGUGAAAGAGGGUUUUAUGACGUCGUUCGCUGGUUUUCUGAUCUGGGUCAUCCCGAAUCGUGCAGUUUUGGAAGUAAGCCAGAUCUCGAGUCGGUGGGUUCCUCUUGUUCGUGACGGGUCUGUGUUUCUCGAAGAACUGUGUCAGCUAGUUGUAAGUAUGUGCAUCGGUGAUGACGGAGACGCCGUUCGCUGCGUUUUGCGAAAUGACGGAUCUGGAAGUGAAUUGGCCGUUGCAAUGCUCGAUCCAAUCAUUCUUCCGGGGUCAUGCCCAGUUGAGCAGCUAUUUCUUGCUGUAGGAAAACGGUUGGAUUUGGAUGUUCAACAGCUCGCCUUGACUCUGUGUGUGAAUGGAACAGCUGAAGGCAACGGCAUGGAGGGGAAGAAUUUGUGCAAUUGCAAAAGCUCCACGUUACAAGAUGUUGGCUUCGAAAGUACCGUGGAAAACGUGGUUCAAGUCGGCUUAGUCAGGCUAUGCAUCAAGGAUAAACCUGAAAACGCUUUCGUCGAAAGAAACAACUUCCUUAAGGAUAAGGGUUCUUCAUCUGGAACAUACAAGCGUGAUUCGCCGUACAUCGGUUUAGUCAAUCAAGCCAUGACGUGCUAUUUAAACAGCUUGCUGCAGACGCUUUUCAUGACUCCGGAAUUCCGGAAUGCGCUUUAUCGAUGGGAGUUCGACAGCUCGAAGGAAGAAGAAUCCAAAUCCUUGGUUUUCCAAUUGCAGAAGCUUUUCCUCAGUUUGGAAACAUCAUGGCGACAUUCUGUGGAAACCACGGAGCUAACCAAAAGUUUCGGUUGGGAUUCAACUGAAGUUUGGCAACAGCAUGAUAUUCAAGAGCUAUGCCGCGUGAUGUUUGAUACGUUGGAGCUAAAGUUUAAGGAAACUGAUCAAGCAGAUUUGAUCAAGCGUUUAUACGAAGGAAUGAUGCUGGAUUAUGUUAAAUGUCUCGAGUGUGGAAAUGAAAAAGCUCGAGAAGACAUCUACCAAGAUAUUCAACUUCCGAUACGACCAUUUGGUCAAGCGAAGACGUACGCAAGCGUGGAGGAGGCGUUGCAAGCGUUCGUUCAGCCAGAAAUUUUGAACGAAUCGAAUCAAUAUUUCUGCGAGAAAUGCAAUAAGAAGUGUGAUGCUCACAAGGGACUGAAGUUCAAAUCGUUCCCGUACCUGUUGACCAUUCAAAUGAAGCGAUUCGAGUUUGAUUAUUCUCUGAUGCAUCGCAUCAAAGUGAAUGACCGAGUAUCGUUUCCCGAAGUUUGGGAUCUUCAUUCUUUUGUGACCGAUUCGCUUGCUGUCUCGAAUGGUCCAGUCGAUGGAGACACGGAUGUUGCUAUGUCAUCUGCUUGUGAGCCUUCUCACAGUACCACUUCGUUUGAUGACGUGAAGCGAAUGUUCGGCGGAGUUCCCGAAGACUUCUUACAAGGAUACGUGUCGGGAGGAUCAAAUACAAAUGCGUACAUGCUCAUGUACCGGCGCGUGGACCCUCAAAAGAAUGUGCGGUUCCUCAAUUCGUCUGAUCUUCCGCCGCAUAUCUGUGCCUUACAAGAAGUUAUCCGAGCGCAGGAAGCUCAGGAAGAUCGUGAAAAAGAACUGGAUCGUUUGAAAAUGAAACUGAAGAUCUACUAUCACCGCGUUGAUAAUGGUGAACGGAAAACCAUCGUGUUCAAGUGUGAACGAGAUGAACGGUUGUUCGAAAUCGAGGAUCAGGCAUAUGAGAUGUUGUUGGGCUGUGACAGUGUCCCGCGUAAUUGCUGGCGUUUGACUGAGUACGUGGAAGACGAUGAUGUUGUGAAUUUUUCCUUCGAUAAGGAGGAAUUACGGGGGAAGGCUGUUGGUGAAGUACUGGAAAAGAAUGGAAUUCGUAAUUCGACUCGAAAUGUGUUCUACUUGGAAUGUCGCGAUCCUCGUGAUGAAUUUGUUCCGGUUCGUGCUGAUGGCACUUCCAUCUGGGUGGAUUGGGUUGAUGCCGUCGCUUCCGAGCGUAGGGAACCUUUUCGCAUCCGAGGAUCGUUAUCGAUGACUGUCGGUGACUUAAAAUCGAGGAUACUCCGAACCCGUCAACGUAUCAGUGAUUCUUCAGAAAAUUCUGUUGACACUGACUCUGUUUCUCUCGUGUUGACAACUGCCAGUGGGGACUUGAAGGAAGUUUCAAAUGAUUCCUCAACUCUGCUCGAACAUGGCUUUUCGCGGAAAUCUUCAGUUUUCGCUCAAGUUUCGUCCGCAAUGGAAAUCGAUUCUCCGUCAUGUGGGCCUUUUGAAAAAACUGAGCUGUACAAGCACUUGGUUCGCAUAUCCAAUUCUAUUAGACUGAAAGUGAGAGUGCCAGUAAUAAGCCACGCGCUGUUGAAUCGUCUGGGUCUCGGACCGGAUGGAAAACCCUUGCCCCAAGAACCUCCUGUGAUUCCACCGUGUUCCGCGCAUUGGAAAAAAUUACGUCCGACACCUAGUAAGGAAGCAAUGGACGAGGAGUCCGAGGAAUCCAACCAGUUGACGAGCAUAAGCGUUGAUGUUGGCGAGACUCCCAGACCUUGGCAACUAGAUGCUGGCUCACUGGGCCCUGGCUUGCAGUUUCCUCAUGGUGAAUGGGGCACUUCUGUACUGGGCUCUGGCUUCCAGCUGCCUCGUGGCGAAUCGGAUGAAUGUUUAAUAGGCUCUGACUUCAUGGGCCAAGAUUUCCUGUUACCUGGUGGCAAGUUGGUCCCUGAUUUACUGGGCUCUGGCUUCCAGCUUCCUCGUGGCGAAUCUGAUGAUCGUGCAGUGGGCCCUGGAUUCCAGUUACCUGUCGGCAAUGCUGAUUUACUGGGCCCUGGAUAUCAGUUACCAGGUGGCGACCACAGCGAGGGUUCUAGUUUGACUGAUAGUGAAAGAACGAUGAUUGGCGAGGUUGAAAAUGACGCUGAAUCCACCAAAGGGUGUCCCGGGUCGGAUCAGGGCUCGCCUUGUAAUUCUCCUCAAAACGCAAUGUUUGACAUACACUCUUCACCGGAAGAAGAUCCGCUUGAAACGGAUCGCACGACCGCUGAGAAGUGGGACGACCGUGGUUACCUGGAAAUGGGAGAUGGAAGGAACGCUCCGGAUAACAGUCGGUGUGGUUCGGAGCAGUUGCCUCCACUAGCUGGAAAGAAGAUGAGUUACGAGCAAAAGUCGAAUUCUGGCCUUGGAUCUGAAAUUGGGGCCGUGGGGCGGAAGGAAUUCGACGAGGCGAUUUGGGCCAAAGAUGAUGAAAUUAUCAAGCAUAUUAAAGUCGAAUUGCAAGGCGAUCUCAUUCUGGUUGACGUCGAUAGGCGCAUCAGCGUCGACGGAUUUCGCAGGGCACUGUCGCCAUAUCUGAACAAUGUGCCGCCGAAUCUGAUUCAUGUGAUGAGGAACUUCUCGUCGUCCCACGACUCUCUUUCUUGCGAGAUGCGUGACGCGGAGCAAUUGCCGUGCAAUCCCGACGAAACGCUUUCUGUGAAACUCACGCGCGAAAUCGGGCCUCAUGAUCGUGUGGGUCGAGUGUUCAUGUUCAAGCCUGUCCUCGAUUCCCAAAAGGACAACGUUUACCACAGCAAGUUUGCUCCUCAUGACAAGCAUUCAGAACUCGUGUGUGAUGAAUGGGUAAUCCAGUUGGGUCAGUCCGUUGGUGCUGUCAAGAAGCAGCUUCUCCCAGAGAUUAUUCAGUAUGUGAGACGCCCCGUCAGUAUUGAAGAGGUGCGGUUAAGGAUCAAGCAGUGGAUGAAACCCGGGCCGGUGCUCUUUAAUGAUCAAAUUUUCAUCGAUGCGUCGUCGGACGAAACCGGUGAAAUCAACACGCCCACAUACGUUCUUCUUCACGCGAACUGGGAAUUGUGUUUUGAGAUUCUCAAUGAACCAGAAAUGGUGAAAUCGCCGAUGGAUUUCGUGGCUUACCUCCGACCAUGGCGUCCUGCUGGAUUCCGGUUCGCACCUCUCGUGGAAUACUCCUUGAGUGGAGUCAUUUCGGAAAUGUUCAGCAUCCCGGUUGAAUUUUUGGAGAUGGCGAGACCGACGCUCAUUUUCACGUGUCUCUUUUGCGAGAGGUACCCGUCGGGAGACAUCGAGUGGUUUCGGCUGUCGGAAAGCGGAGAGCCAACGAUUACCGGUACCGUGUUGAGAUGGGGAGACGUGACAUAUUUUAGGGAUUCGAGGGAGAAGGAGAAGACUCCUACGGACGAAGAAAUGAAGCAGAUGGAUCAAGAGGAUCUGGUGAGAAACUUGGUGGGCAACAGGAGUGGCGUGCGAGAAAUGCAAAGCGCGUCAGCAGCACCCACUCCGUACACAGCGAAGAAAGAAGUCGGCCUAACGAUUUAUUUCGACGGGAGAAAACCCGAGAAAAAGGCGCGUGCCGACGAGACCGAUUGAAACUGCCUUGUUUUCAAAGACGAAAUGUGUCAGCCGGCUUUUGUUGUGAGAUCCUGGCUGAAUAAUGGUGAUGGAUUUUGUAGGCGAAAGCUGUUAUUGAAGAUCAAUCUUGUUAAUUAUUUUGCGGGCAGUUUUCUUUCCGAUGUCCAUCUUUUCCUCGAGCGGAUCUGUGGCUUGGUAAUCGUGACCUCUAUGUGGGUAUUUUGAAUCGAACGCGCGGGAGCAAAGUUUGCACGUCCCUGUGGUUUGACAUUUUGCUUUGUGGUCUAGCGAAAUCAAGCGCUCGGGUAAUACGUAACUCAUGCGGGAGUUAGUUUGUUUUUCGUGCUAAUUGUCCAAAAAAAAAUUAAGAAAACAGUGUCCCGUCUGCGAAGCGAAGUUGCGUCACUGGAGGAACACCGAUGUCUUUGAAAUUAAAUAUCGACCAAGUGGCCUUA